GGGAAUUUGACCCUUGAGGGAUCCGUAGUGACGUUUAUUGUGCGAGACCAGCCGGGUUAAAAUGGGCCAGAGCCAAAGUGGAGGACAUGGACCAGGAGGUGUAAAGAAAGAUGAUAAGGACAAGAAGAAGAAAUAUGAGCCGCCAAUUCCAACUAGAGUGGGCAAAAAAAAGAGAAAGUCCAAGGGACCUGAUGCUGCUAGCAAACUGCCUUUAGUCACUCCUCACACACAGUGCAGACUGAAGCUCCUAAAACAGGAGAGAAUUAAAGAUUAUCUUCUAAUGGAAGAGGAGUUCAUCAGAAACCAAGAGCAGAUGAAACCUUUGGAAGAAAAACAGGAGGAGGAGAGGUCAAAGGUCGAUGACCUCAGGGGUACCCCUAUGUCUGUUGGAACUCUGGAGGAGAUCAUUGAUGACAAUCAUGCCAUAGUCUCCACGUCUGUGGGCUCAGAGCACUAUGUCAGCAUUCUCUCAUUUGUCGACAAAGAUCUGCUGGAGCCCGGCUGCUCCGUCUUACUUAACCACAAGGUCCAUGCUGUCAUUGGGGUGCUGAUGGACGACACAGACCCUCUCGUUACAGUAAUGAAGGUGGAGAAGGCUCCACAAGAGACUUAUGCAGACAUCGGUGGACUGGACGGUCAGAUCCAAGAAAUUAAAGAGUCAGUGGAGCUGCCUUUGACCCAUCCAGAGUAUUAUGAGGAAAUGGGCAUCAAGCCUCCCAAAGGAGUCAUUCUCUACGGCCCCCCUGGAACAGGUAAAACCCUUCUUGCCAAGGCCGUGGCUAAUCAGACAUCAGCAACAUUUUUGCGGGUUGUUGGGUCAGAGCUUAUACAGAAGUAUCUCGGUGAUGGUCCUAAACUAGUACGUGAGCUGUUCAGGGUGGCUGAGGAACACGCACCUUCUAUCGUCUUCAUUGAUGAGAUUGACGCUAUUGGAACUAAAAGAUAUGAAUCAAAUUCUGGAGGUGAGCGUGAAAUUCAGAGAACCAUGUUGGAACUCCUCAACCAGCUGGAUGGCUUUGAUUCACGUGGAGAUGUAAAGGUCGUUAUGGCUACCAACAGAAUAGAAACCCUUGAUCCUGCACUUAUUAGACCUGGUCGUAUCGACCGUAAAAUUGAGUUCCCAUUACCGGACGAGAAAACAAAGAGAAGGAUCUUGCAGAUCCACACCAGCAGAAUGACUGUUUCAAAAGACAUGAACUUGGAUGAUCUCAUCCUGGCAAAGGAAGACCUUUCUGGAGCUGAUAUUAAGGCUAUCUGUACAGAAGCAGGGCUCAUGGCCCUUAGAGAACGGCGUAUGAAAGUUACAAACGAGGACUUUAAGAAGUCGAAAGAAAAUGUUUUGUAUAAGAAGCAGGAGGGUACCCCAGAAGGGCUAUACCUCUGAUCUUUCUCCACUUCUCAUUUCUUUGUGCUUAUGUCCCCCUCUGAGUGAAUGAUUGGCAAAAUUUGUUCUUUUUCAGGGCAAUAUAUUUUUGUGAACUAAAGUAGGUUUACCCAACAACAAUUUAAGAAUUGAAUUAUUAGAUCUUGGCUCUACGCCCUAUUAAUCAAAAUUAUUUAAACCAUAUAAAGUUACGUCAAUAAGAUUUUUUUUCUAAGAAUAUUGUUAGCUGAUGUAGUCCCAUUACAUUGUAGUCAGAAUACAUUGAUAAGCAUUUGUGACUUUCUGUGUGUAUUUCAAUUUUACACACACAUACCUAUAUACUGUAUAUAUUUGACCCUGCCUGUGAAAACCCUGCUAUUUUUUUGUGAUUUAUUGUUUUUUACAUAACUCAUUGUGGUGAGAAAGGCGGAACGGGAGCCGUGUGGCGGGGCCGGUGCCGUGAGUGAUAGUUGGAAUCAGCUGUGCGCACCCCGGUCCCGUAUAUCUCACGGAGGAAAUCGGGAGAAUAAGAGGACGAGCGAGGGGACUGCUGAGGAGAGAGGACCCGGCCCGGACAUGUGUUUAGUUUGUGUUAACAAACUUAUAACAUCCUGAUAUUAUUUUCAGGGAAAUUGACUAUAAAGCAUUUUCCUGCAUUUCUAGGAAUUGUAUUUAUUAAGUCAUCAAAAAGUGACAGCAACAGACACUGCCUGCAGAGACAACAUACUUUAAGAGGGAAAACAAUGAUUAAUUUUCCUUCAAGAGAGGAUCUACUAAAUGCUAAAGGAUGAGUGUCAUACUGUCUGUCUCUUCCUCCUCUUUAAUAAAAAUGCAUCCCUGAUGUA